AUGGUCAGCUCCUGUUGUGGCUCUGUCUGCUCUGAGGAGGGCUGUGGCCAAGGCUGCUGCCAGCCCAGCUGCUGCCAGACCACCUGCUGUAGGCCCAGCUGCUGUGUAUCCAGCUGCUGCAGGCCCAGCUGCUGUGUGUCCAGCUGCUGCAGACCCCAGUGCUGCCAGUCUGUGUGCUGCCAGCCCACUUGCUGCCGUCCUAGCUGCUGCAUUUCCAGCUGCUGUCGCCCCACUUGUUGCAUUUCUAGCUGCUGCAGGCCUUCUUGCUGCCGCCCCUGCUGUGGUAGUUCCAGCUGUUGUGGAUCUAGCUGCUGCCGCCCCACCUGCUGCAUUUCCAGCUGCUGCCGCCCCAGCUGCUGCAGGCCUAGCUGCUGUGUGUCCAGCUGCUGCAGGCCUAGCUGCUGUGUGUCCAGCUGUUGCAGACCUAGCUGCUGUGUGUCCAGCUGCUGUAGGCCCCAGUGCUGCCAGUCUGUCUGCUGCCAGCCCACUUGCUGCCCUCCUAGCUGCUGCAGGCCCAGCUGUUGCCGCCCCACCUGCUGCAUUUCUAGCUGCUGCCGCCCCACCUGUUGCCAGACCACCUGCUGCAGGACCACCUGUUGCCGCCCAGCAUGCUCUAGUUGUUCUUGCUGCUGA